GCUUCAUUAUGAUUGAUGUUUACCAACCCUACAAGAUAAGUGAUAAAAUGCUGUAAAUGAAAUGAAAUAAGAAAAUAUAUUGCAUGUUGUAUAUCUCAUUAACUGAUUGAAGGUAUUGAAUCGAAAAUCAGCCAUGUACAAAGUUGCUGGUUCAAAUUUGUUUGGCCAAUGGUUAAGUGAAGACUGUGUGUUUAACCACUUUAAAUCAAUUAUUUAUGAUAAUAUAGAAAGUGAUUCUAGCCUGGCAUACAUAGGCUGGUCAUAUAACAUUUUUAUGAUUAAGAAAUACCUAUACAUAUCAGGAGCAUUUAGAGGAAAAGAAGAACAGUUUGUAAAAUUAGAUUUACCUGAUGAUUUGCAAGAUGGACAUAUCUUAAUAACUGGGAAUGAUUACCAUCUUAUUAUAGUCAAUAGCAUAUCAAAUAUCAUAUAUGUAUAUGAUUUUUUAACAGAACAAUAUAAGAAAGUUAAGUUUGUUGAGAGUGUAAAUAAAAAUGAUAUAAGAUUGGUUAAGGUGGCUGCAACAAAUAAUUCAUGUAUAUAUUUAACUAAUGAAGGAUAUAUAUAUUCUGGUAUGCUACCGAUAAUGUUAGAUACCAACUUGGUUAAGAAAGUUAUAGAUGUUGCUCUUGGAUAUGAACAUUAUGUCUUACUAACUGAAUCUGGUAAAAUAUAUACUUGGGGUAAUGGCAGGAGAUUACAACUUGGUCAUGGAGAUUUAAAUAAUUUGGAACAACCUACAGAAGUCAAAGCUUUAUCUGGCAUAAAAAUAAAAAAAAUCAGUGUAGGAGGUUGGCACACUUGUGCAUUAAGUGAAUUUGGAGAUUUGUAUGUCUGGGGGUGGAAUGAUACUGGUCAGUUAGGAGUAAAAGAAAAGCAGAAUGAAGAUUCUUCUAGUUCUGAUCUUCAAAGCUAUGGCCUACCUAUACUUGUAGAUAUUUAUGAUGAAAAUGGAAGGGAAAUAGACUUAAAUAUUAAAGAUGUUGCAUGUGGUAGCAGACAUACUACCAUACUACUUGAAAAUGGUUCAGUUUGGACUAGUGGCUGUAAUAAAUAUGGACAGUUGGGAUUCUGUGUAGAAAGUAUCCAAAAAAUUGAAUGUUUUAGGAAAUCAUACUCAGAUGCUGAUACUUUGAUAUGUGGUCCUUGGAGUACAGUUAUAAAAUAAUGUUUUUUGUUUUAUUGUCCUCAGACAUUAUUGAUAAGUAAAUAAAUACCAAACUGGAUUGUUAAGGAGGUAAUAAAGGAUAUUUUUUA